AUGGACUCAGAAGUUCAGGAAGAAAUCCCUGUGCGCGAGGAAUUCUUUUUCUGUGGUGGAGUUGAAACCCAGAUUAUAAAAUGUGGUCCCUGGACUAACCUCUUUGAUGAACAGAGUGUCACCAGGCCGAAACUGCUUAUCUUCGUUAUUCCAGGCAUUCACUCCUUUCUGUUGUUCCCCACUAUUGAGCGGAUGGCUGAGACGCCCAACGGCAGAAUUGCCACUCCGCUUCUGUGCUGGUUUCGAUAUGUGCUCUAUGCUACCGGCUACUUAGUACUUAAACCAUGUCCAGAAAUAAUAAAGUCCUUCCUAAUCAAAAAAGCCCUUGAAAAACUGAGCUUCACCUGUGAAAUUCCGUUGGAGAACCUUCUUCAGCCAUUCUGCCUGGCGAAUGCUGCCUACCUCGGGAGCCAAGAAAUGAUCCAAGUGAGAAAGAGAGAUGAUGAAGCCAUUAAGGAACUUUUACCUAAGCUCACGUUUUACUAUGGUAAAACAGAUGGCUGGUGUCCAGUGAAGUAUUAUGAAGACAUGAAGAAAGACUUCCCAGGCGGGGAUAUUCGACUCUGUGAGAAAGGAAUAUCUCAUGCUUUUGUCCUCGGUUUCAGCCAAGAGGUGGCUGCCAUAGUUGCUGACUGGAUGAAUAAUAAACUGCCCAAAAUAUAAACACUGGCUCAGGGAAAACACACCUACAUUGAAUACAUAGAAGCCGUAGGUAUGCCCUGCUUAGCGGUCAUGUUUAAUCUAAAUGCUUGAAAAGGACAUUGAGACCCUCGGCUACAGACAACCAGCACUCAGCUCCCUGUGCUAAGACUGGAGUGAGCACAGUUGAUGACU